ACCACCGCGCGGCCACCCAUCUUUUAGGCAUACAUAUUCUCUCUGUACACCCAUGCUGGACUCGCCAUAAUCGCUACCGCUGCGCCUCUAUAAAAGCGCCUUCCAGCCUUGUCUCACUAGGCUCCUACGAAUCCCUGCUUCUCUUUCAGCCUCAGGACCCCGGUGACAGGCGGUCAACAUGGCUGACAAGGGCACUGAGCACGAGGGGCGCGAUACACCUUCUCCUGGCCCCGCUCGCAGACAACGCGCCCCCACCAUCACCAUUGACACUUCAGCCGUAAACCCCGACAUGGGCAACGCCGUACCGCUGGGAGAUCUGCCCGACAAUGCGUCCUCUAGGAGUUUCGAUUCGAGCGCACAGUCGCCUUCCAGCACCUCGCCCAUUAAUCUACGCAGCCCCAAUUCCUUCGAGAGCGGCCAAGAUAGACCAACCUCGCCUCAUAAUAUUUCCUCGCCUACGGCACGCUUGCACGACCCUACCGCCUACCUCGCCGUACCAAACGGACCGCGCUCAAGAGGCAACUCGGUGGAUUCGCAAACGGAAACCGGACAGUCCGUUUCUAGCAAUGGGGAGACCUACGUCAACACUUCCCCCACGUCUCCGGAAACCCGCAAGAACUUCAAGGGCAACGACGAAAUCCUUAACGAUCAUGAUGCCUUACUUCCGGAUCCGGGUACCGAGGAGGCUUUCGAAGUUCACGACAAUAAGUUUGCGUUUUCGCCCGGCCAGUUAUCCAAAAUGUACAACCCGAAAAGCGUUGGAGCCUUCCAUGCCCUGGGAGGAUUGGCUGGUAUUGCGAAGGGUUUGCAAACCGAUGUGAAGAGUGGUCUUAGCGUGGACGAACAGCAUCUGGAUAAAUACAUAUCUUUCGAGGAAGCGACUACGCCUUCGAGCACGGAGACGGAUCACAAGAAUUCCCGGCCUCAAAAUCUCGCUCGCCAGGAUACGAACGCUUCGCACCGAAAUGGACCAAAAGAAGGAGCUUUUGCGGAUCGGUUACGUGUGUUUUCUGAUAAUAGGUUGCCGGAAAAGAAGCCGAAAAACAUCCUACAGUUGGCAUGGAUGGCCUACAACGACAAGGUUUUGAUUCUCUUGACUAUCGCGGCAGUCAUCUCGCUUGCUCUCGGUUUAUAUCAGACUCUGGGCACGAAGAGCGAGAAUGGCGAGCCUCACGUCGAGUGGGUUGAAGGUGUUGCCAUCAUGGUCGCCAUCAUCAUUGUUGUUGUCGUUGGCGCUAUAAACGAUUGGCAAAAGGAGCGCCAAUUCGUCAAGCUUAACAAGAAGAAGUCCGACAGACUCGUCAAGGUCAUCCGUUCGGGAGAUACGAGGGAGGCCUCCGUUUACGACAUUUUCGUGGGAGACGUAAUGUUGCUGGAACCGGGCGACAUGGUCCCGGUCGACGGCAUCUUCAUCCAGGGCCACAACAUCAAGUGCGACGAAUCUUCGGCAACGGGUGAAUCGGAUCUCCUCAAGAAAACUCCCGCGGAUGAGGUCUGGCGCGCCAUGGAAGCUGGACAGAGUGUCAAGAAGAUGGACCCGUUCAUCCUUUCCGGCGCAAAGGUUUCGGAAGGUGUUGGUUCUUUCUUGGUCACCGCGACGGGUGUGCACUCGAGUUACGGAAAGACGAUGAUGGCUCUCCGGGAAGACAGCGAGGUCACCCCGCUCCAGUCCAAGCUGAACGUGCUCGCUGAGUACAUUGCCAAACUUGGCGGUGGUGCUGCGCUGCUUCUCUUCGUCGUCCUUUUCAUCGAGUUCUUGGUCAAGCUUCCGCACUCCGACAAGAGCCCUAGCGACAAGGGACAGGACUUCCUCAACAUCCUCAUCGUCGCUAUUACCGUCGUCGUCGUCGCUGUUCCGGAAGGUCUUCCCCUCGCUGUGACAUUGGCUCUCGCUUUCGCUACCACAAGGAUGUUGAAGGACAACAACUUGGUGCGACUUCUGCGCUCUUGCGAAACUAUGGGAAAUGCUACGACGGUCUGCUCCGACAAGACUGGUACUUUGACCCAAAAUAAGAUGACUGUGGUAGCAGGCUCGCUUGGCACGUCUCUUCGAUUCGGUGACCGCAAGGGUCGGCCUUCGCAGGAGCCAGGCAGUCCGGACAGCCCUUCCAAGGGAAAGCAAGUGGCUGACGAUCAAGUCGAUGAUGUCUCCCCAACCGAAUUCGCUUCUACUCUGGGCGCUCCCGUCAAGGAACUCUUUGAACAAUCCAUCGUCAUCAACUCUACCGCGUUCGAAGGCGAAGAAGACGGAAAGAAAGCUUUUAUUGGUUCCAAGACCGAAACAGCACUCCUGAACUUCGCGCGCGACUACCUUGGUAUGGGACCGGUCAACGUUGAGCGAUCCAACGCGACUAUUGCACAGCUGGUUCCGUUCGACUCUGGAAGGAAAUGCAUGGCUGCUGUGGUGAAGACUGAUGACGGCAAAUACCGGAUGUACGUCAAGGGUGCCUCUGAAAUCAUGCUGUCCAAAGCGGACACCGUUGUCGAUGCUACCAAGGACCUCUCUGUCCGGAGUCUCACCGAAGACAACCGCCAGGCGCUUUCUCACCUCAUCGAAACGUAUGCUUCUCGGUCACUUCGCACAAUCGGCUUCUUGUAUCGCGACUUUGAACAAUGGCCCCCGAAGGGCGCACAUACGUUGGAGGACGACCCAAGCCAGGCCGACUUCGACGACAUCUUCCGCAACAUGACUUUCCUCGGUCUCGUAGGUAUUCAGGAUCCGCUACGUGAGGGCGUUCGCGACGCGGUUAUGGACUGUCAGAAAGCCGGUGUCUUUGUUCGCAUGGUCACCGGAGAUAACGUCUUGACUGCAAAGGCCAUCGCUGAAGACUGCGGUAUCCUCGUUCCCGGUGGUUUGGUCAUGGAGGGCCCCACGUUCAGAAAGUUGAGCAAACGCCAAAUGGACCAGGCUAUACCCAAGCUGUGCGUGCUUGCACGUUCUAGCCCCGAGGACAAGAGGAUUCUGGUCAAGCGUCUCAAGGAACUUGGUGAGACUGUUGCGGUUACUGGUGAUGGCACCAACGAUGCGCCUGCGCUCAAGACUGCCGACGUCGGUUUCUCCAUGGGUAUUGCUGGUACGGAAGUCGCCAAAGAGGCGUCGGCCAUCAUUCUCAUGGAUGACAACUUCUCUUCGAUCGUCAAGGCUCUCUUAUGGGGUCGUGCCGUCAACGACUCGGUUAAGAAGUUCUUGCAGUUCCAGCUCACUGUCAACAUCACUGCCGUUCUCUUGACGUUCGUUUCGGCCGUCGCCAACCCCAACCAGGAGUCUGUCCUCACUGCUGUCCAGCUUUUGUGGGUCAACCUGAUCAUGGACACUUUCGCGGCAUUGGCGCUUGCGACGGAUCCGCCUACCCCAUCUCUGCUCGAGCGCAAGCCUGACCCCAAGUCGGCGCCACUCAUUACGCUCACUAUGUGGAAGAUGAUCAUUGGUCAGGCUAUUUAUCAGCUCGUUGUCACAUUCAUUCUCUACUUUGCUGGAAGCAGCAUCCUCUCCUACCACAGCGAACAUGAGAAGGACCAGUUGGAGACGCUCGUUUUCAACACCUUCGUGUGGAUGCAAAUCUUCAACGAGUUCAACAACAGACGCCUUGACAACAAGUUCAACAUCUUCGAGGGCAUGCACCGCAACUAUUUCUUCAUUGCCAUCACUUUGAUCAUGAUCGGCGGUCAAGUCUUGAUUGUUUUCGUUGGUGGCGCUGCUUUCUCAGUAACAAAGCUGAAUGGCGCUCAAUGGGGCUACUCGAUUGUGCUUGGCGCUCUUUCAAUUCCGGUUGGUAUUAUCAUCCGCCUAAUUCCAGACGAAGCAAUCAGUGCCUGUGUUCCGGAGCGCUUCAAGCGCAAGCCCACGCCUGAUCUCGUCAUCUCUGAUGACUUUGAGUGGAACCAAGGCCUUCUCGAGAUCCGCGAUGAACUGGCUUUCAUCAAGCGGAUCCGUGGUGGCCGUCUUAGCUCUCUCAAGUUCAAGCUUCAGCACCCGCGCGAGGCAUUCCACCGCUCUCGUAGCAGCCACUCGUUGCCCAGAACUCCGAACAACGAGCGCAGCGACGGCGAGGGCGGUACGCCCGCUCCGCCCACGCCGCUCAGCUCGCACUCGCGCAGCCGCAACCGGUCGCGCUCCAACUCGGCAUUCGGCCCCGCGGCUGCCAUGGCCGGUAUCGUGGCCGGAAGUAUUGCGGGCUGGAGUCCCAUCGAGCGUCGCGACAACGAGGGCAGCGAUGUCAGCUUCUCGCGUGCGCGAGGCAAGUCGGACAUUGAAGCGCAAGAGGGCAUGGGUGUACACCAAGACACGAGGCCAGAGGAUCCAGUGGUAGUGAAGGAGGCGUUGAAGCCGGGCAACCCGCCCAGCCAGAACACGGAGCUGACGCCGAAUUUCGGACUGGGGCCGUUCGCGGGGCAGCCGAAGAUUGACAGAGAGGAUGGAGGCAGCAGCGGCGGGGAUGGCGAUGGCAAGGAUAAGGAUACCCAGCCUUGAGGGCGAAGGUGUACAUAGGCGUAGGUGUUUUUUUUUUUUUUUUUUUUUGCAAAACAAUGCGCAGUUUUCACGACGGUACUUAGAGAGCAGAGUAGCGUGGCGUACCGGAUCACCCGCUGUCGUGUUCUCCUGGGCAUAGAGAGGUUUCUUUGGCUUUUCCUUUUUUCUGCUUCUUUCCUGACUACCCUCUCCUGUAGCGUUUUCAACAUCC